UACCUGACUUUUUCGCAGGAAGUGGUUUACGUUUCUACGAGGAAGCGCGAAUGGCGAAUGGGGUGCUUUUUGUUUCAGUUUAAAAUAAGCUGUGAAAUAUGAAAGCAGCUUCACGGUAUUUAUUUGUUAGUAAAACAGACGUAAGAAACUAGAAAGAGCAUGUUCUGGGCCGCAGUCACAGUAUGGACCCUCUUCGCAAUCACGCGUUUCUCCUCCGCUUUUGCUGAUACACAGAAGGUGGACAUUACGCUUGACAGUGGAACAAGCCUCACCUUCAGCAGCUCUCCCUCCACGGGCUCAGGGUGUGAAGUGUGCAAAGUGACUAAACCUUUAGGCAUAAAUACAAGAAACUGUUCAUCAUCCCUGACAUUGGAAAAUCCUGGAUCUGUGUCUGUGGAGCUACUGUGCCGCAAUCUUCAAGGAGCAUUCAAUGUUAAAAUUUCAAGGACUAUUGAGUGCAACUCCCAAUCUUGCAACGGGAAUAUCAACACUAACUUCAACUUUGAUGCUUUGUUAAAUUUAAAACGCCUCUUUGUCUGGACUGUAAAGGCUGCUGGUCCAAAUGCAGCUAGAAUAGACUUUGGAACAACUGGUUUGAGACAAAUUCAACCCUCCCAAAGCUGUCCUGACCUUCAUAUCUACACAUAUGAGGUUUCUGAAGACUCAGGAAAUGUGCUGGUCGGCAGGUACUGCAGAACAGGUCCUAUCACAAAGGCCCAGGCCCGUGGAGUUAAUAGGUUUUCACUUGAGCUUCCAGCUGGGCGGAAUCUGCACUACAUCAACUAUGAAGUCUCAGUUGGUGAAGAAAUCAAGUCCCUUGCCAAGGUAUCAGUACUUCUACAAGGCCAUUCCUCCUUGGAGCUACUUACUCCCAACUAUCCUGGUAGUUUUCCUGAUGACAAGGUUAUGGAGUGGUACUUUGAGGUUCCAGCCAAACACCGGGCUUCCAUACAGCUGUUCAACCUCACACAGCCUCGGUGUGUGGAGAAGGACCCAGCCCUGGAGUACCAUAACAGGCUGCGGCUAGGCCUAGUGGCAGGUCUGACAGAGACCCAGCCCGUGCAGAGGGAAGGGGGCUUCACCAUGACCCUUAGGAACUGUAAGAUGGAUAGGGCUCGAGCUGAUUACCCUGGCCUGUCCACCAGCUUCAAAGUGUCUGCUUCAAAGAUAGCUACAAAUGUGCUCUGUGAGGUGAAUUUAAGUAGAUUUUCAGACCUCUCUCUUCACAUUAAGAAGCUGAAACCUCUCUCUGACUGUAUCAUGAGACACCAGUCAGUACCCAGAGAACAGCUCACUCUGAACCCAGGCACUACAACAGAGCUCAGGUUUGAAGACUGUCAUCCUGAAGACAUACAAGUCACGGCCACAAAAAAACUCGGCUGUUCUCGGGGCAGAAGCUGCAACAGGUUGCCCCUCUCGGUGCCUCCAUUGCCUCAGUGCCUGCCUCCCCUGAGUAGCCUGACGUGGACCUCCACGAUUCCUCAGGAUGGGACACUGGAGCUGGGCUGUAGCUCGGGCACACUCAGUCGGGUGCUGCCAGGACAGCCCUGUAACGACAGUAUCAUGAUCACAAUGGCAGAAGAUGAUGGUUCAAGUAUUGGGACUUUCUGUCGCGGUGGUGCCAUGACUAAACUCCAAAUCCACACCAAUGUGACCAUCACUGUCACUGGCACAAAUGGAAGUGAUCUUGUUCCGUCUCACAUACUGACAGCACGUAUAAAGGAUGAAAUUUCAGAAAGUUUCAUAUUCAGAGUGUCUCCAGUGAAGGAUACCCCGCUUUUCUUGGCCACACCUGGUUGGCCAAAAGGAAUGAAGUCUUACUCAACGGCGUCUUGGAUCGUCACUGUCCCACCAAAGAUGGAGGCACAUCUCAUGUUCACUAAACUGAGCCAGCCCAAAUGCAGCGCCCAUCACACUGGCAUAAAAAUCCGAAGACUGGGGCACAUAGAGGAUGACUACAGCCGCAGGGAGGACGAAAAGCCCCUGCAUGAAAUCACAGUGUCUGGGAGCUUCUUCCUCAACAUGUCCAACUGCAUGCCCGAGAAGGGGGACUUCAGUGUCUUCACCAAAGUCACACUGCACAGGAGCCAGAUGCUGAUUAUCAUAGCAAGUGUAGUGGCCGCCUUGUUGGUCCUUCUCAUUGUGAUCCUUGUUGUGGUGUGUUUAGUGAUUAGAAAAAAGAAGAAGACUUUCAACCACCAGACUUCCAUCUAUAAUCCAAAUGGCACAAGUUUCCUGCCAGGACAAAAUGGUUUUCCCACAUCACAAGUGGACGAUGAUGCGCAUGUGUAUGAUUACAUUGAAGACACUCUUGUCUACUCUCAUCUGCUGAGGAACAGGGAACAGAUAGGUACAUAUGGAGAGGCUGUUCCUGGCCACAAAGACACACAGAAGCCGCUAGUGGCCAGAGAAUGUGACAUGGAGGUAGGCACUUACCAGGAUUUUCUUCAUGGGCAAAGACCAGAGCUGCCCAAAAGGCCCCCAAGCCACAUGCAGCCAAUGGUGGACAAUGAGUUGUAUGAGAGUAGAGAAGGGGAAGAGGAGUCGUCUGCUCUAAGACCGAAGCUAGAGCAAGAUGAGGGAGAAUAAGAUGGAGAGCCAAGGCUGUGAAAUUAUUUCUGUUUACAUCAAUUAAGUUUUUACCAGGACACAAAAAAACAAAAUUGUUGCUGUUACAAAGAUGAGGGGACAUUAUUUUUUCAAUACAUCUCAAAUAAGCCAUUGCACCACUCCUGGACUGCUGGAUAUUCAUAUUGUAUAUGAUAAUAGUGUAGUAAUGUGUGGCUGUUGCAGAAGUAAAGUUUUAGCAUUUCUA